AUGCACCUUUUAGUGUGGUUUCCUGGUGAUAAAACAUCGGCCGUCAUCGAUGAAAGAAUGAUUUGUUUGUCCAAAGAUAAAAAAAAACCUAAUCAGGGUGAGAGUGUCGAUAUUCAGUGGGGAGAGCACGUUAAAUACACUGGAAAAAUCAUCCGUUUCGGUACUGAAGAUUACUUAAAAAAACUCACCGUUAACAAAGAAACAGGGGAACUAAUAUUACCAAAGGAGAGAGGUGCAAAGGCACGUACAGUAGCAAAUGUUGUUACAAAGAGGAGUUUAUGCAGAGAUACUAAAAAUUUAGAAAACGCCAAGAAGAUUACUGCAAACAAAUUUGAUCGGGUUUUACUUCAGAAGAUGGGCAAGAGCUUCCAGAAGACGACAGACAACUCAGAUGAACCGAUCGUUGGCAAUGCAUGUGAUUCAAACAAGCAGGAAUCACAUAAACACAGAAAAGUUCAGUGUGGCACAAAAUCUUCAGGAGCGAAUGACACUUCAACGACCACAACUCCUCCAAAUGACUUGCUCAAAGUGAAUGAAAGAAAUUGUAUGCUGUGCAUUACAUCAGAGGUAAUCACUGUUUUUGAAUGUGUGCUUGAUUAUUUGAAAGUUCAAUUUAGUAUCAGAUCUGCAAGGAAUGAAGUAAAUUCAGAGAAGAGAGUCGAAAUCAAGUGCCUAUCUUGGAAAAUCCCUGGUCCCACAAAGGUAGAAUUAAUGCCUUACACAGGAGUUUGGGUAGAAAGUCAGACGCUGGGGAAUAUGACAAUUCAGUGGAAGAAAAAUGGGAAGGAGUUGACAAGAAGAUUAUUAAAAUGGCAAAUCGGUGAACAAAAUUUGAAAAAUAUGUGCGCACUAGGUGGAAGUAAAACUUAUACAGCAUUAGAUCCUCAAUUAUACCAAGCGAUACAAGACUAUGUGACAAAAAAUUGUAACGGGGCACCUGUAGAUUUCCAUCGUGUGGUAAAUUUGAUGUGUGCUGGUCUGCGAUCUCAUGCGAAAGGAAGUAACUUGGAGAAGGAUUUGAAUGAGAGAAUACGACAAAACAGAGAUGAGAAGAUCCUUCCUUCACCAGGAACCAAAAAGAGUUCGCAAAAAUUGAAGAGAGCCAUAAAAUCCAAGAAAUCUAAAGAGACCAUUUCGAGCUCUGAUGGUACUAUAGAAUCAAAUUUGUCAUCAAGUACUAACUCAAGAAAGGAAGAGUGUACGAAAGUAUCAGCUACUAAGACGAAUAUUCGAACUCGAUCUCAUCGACCCAAAGCAGAUUCAGAGGAAUCAGAGCUCGAAAAAAUGGCCAAAUGGGUUGAUGCAAUGACUGGAACCAAGAACUCCUCUUCCAAUUCAAACAAAAGUGGGAGGAAGAGCUCCUCAAACCAUCUUCCUUACAAAAACGUAAGUUUCAGUCAAUCCGGAGAAUUUUCCGUUGAAUUUGUCAACAGCAGCUCAAUACAUGAUAAAAUUAAAACAUCGACACCAACUAAAUUCAAAAAUGAUGAGAAGUAUAUUCUUGGUCGUCGCUCAUCGUCAUUUAGUGCUUCCAAAAUUUCGGAUAUCAGUCCGAUAGCCCCCAAAAAAAUGAGAGAAAAUGACGAGACUCCUGCUGUGAGAGGUGUUGGAACAGCGAUUCCACCUAAUGGCGCUGCCUCCAAGGUUGUUCUUCCUAGCCCCAUUACUGAUGCCUGCAACACUUUACCAACUACCACCAAUGAUAUCAACGGCAAUGCAAAUCAGGCAACUACUCCUUUCAGUCAGAUACUACCCCCAGAGCCUCCACCCUAUCAGAAUUUUGUUAAUAAUUUUGACCCCCAACCGUGGAAUUUUCAAAAGACUUUCAGCUAUCACCAGGGAUUUCCUCAACAUCCGCAGCCAUAUUAUCCAAUCAAUGAUGUUCAGUCAACUGCUAAUUUCCAAACAGAAUAUUAUGGACCAAUCAAUCCACAAG